AACGAUUUGAGUUGCUGGCCUAAAGACGCGUCCGGCUUAAACACAUACGCACACACACAUACUCAGUGUGUCGGACAAAUCUGGCUUUGAUCUUGUCUAAACAAUUUUAAACAAAUGUUCUAAAUGCGUGCAGUGAAUUAAACAAAUUGUACAAAGUGUUGCUCAAAACUCAAAUUCAUAUGUGAAAAUUUUGUUAAAAAUCAUCUUGAAAUUUGUUUAUAUGUGGUGGCUAAUUUAUAAACAAUUUAUGUAACAACAACAAAUCAACAAAAGCUGCUGCAACCACAACGAACUUAAUUGGGCUCACACAGACACACAUACACCGAGUUAAGGCAAAAUGAGUUCUGCCACUUUGAACGGCGGCAACAUCAGCAGCAGCAACAACAACAUCAACGCUGAUUCAACAGCCUUGAACUCCGCACAGCUCUCCGAUGUGGAAAAUGCUGGAAAUUCCCCACAGAUACCACCCAAAAACAAGAGCCGAUGGCGUCUCUGGCUACUUUUGUUUCUCGGACCAGUUUUGGCAGCUGGAACUGCUGCUCUUUGGUACUUUCAAGGUCUUUGGUUUGGAUUGGGUUCUCUCUAUGUCAGUUUGAGCCUUUUGCUAUUGAUUAAGCCCGGAUUCCGAUGGUUCUACAUAGCCGCAGUAACAGGACCAAGAGAUACCAAGGCUCUAAUUUCGUAUAUACGAGUUUUAAUAUUUGUGAAACGUCAAGAGCGCAAAAAUCUCAAUAUUGGGGACAUUUUCGAAUCGAAUGUGGCACGUCAUCCGGAUAAAUUGGCCAUUGUGAGUGAGACUCAGCAAUGGACAUUCCGUCAAGUGAAUGAACAUGCGAAUCGUGUGGCCAAUGUCUUUCAUAGUCAUGGCUACAAGAAGGGCGAUGUGGUGGGUCUCUUGCUCGAGAAUCGCCCAGAAUUUGUGGCCACCUGGUUGGGUCUAUCCAAAAUAGGUGUGAUUACGCCUCUGAUCAACACAAAUCUACGUGGACCCUCGCUCCAGCAUAGCAUCAAGGUGGGUCAGUGUACGGCUCUCAUCUAUGGAGCUACCUUCAGAUCGGCAGUUAUGGAUAUAGCCAAAGAUUUGCCUGCUCAUGUGGGACUGUAUCAAUUCAACGAUGAGGGAUCGACCGUGGCAUCAACUGAAGGACUUAGUCAGGGUUUGGCCCAACAAUUAAACGGACUACUGGAUGGAGCAGCCAAGGACAAAGUGUCAGCUGGCGCCAAUCGAGCUGAUCAUCAUGAUAAACUGGUUUAUAUUUAUACAUCGGGCACCACAGGAUUACCCAAAGCUGCUGUCAUCACCCACUCACGUUACUUUUUCAUAGCCGCUGGCAUACACUAUGCUUUGGGUUUUCGUGACAAGGAUGUGUUCUAUACACCUCUACCCCUCUAUCAUACAGCCGGAGGUGUGAUGAGCAUGGGCCAGGCCUUGCUCUUUGGCUCCACUGUGGUUAUACGCAGGAAAUUCAGUGCCUCGGGCUAUUUCGCCGACUGCGCUCGCUUCAAUUGCACGAUUGCUCAGUAUAUUGGAGAGAUGGCGCGUUAUAUAUUGGCCACGCCGGCAGCUUCACAUGAUCGCAAGCACCUGAUACGCAUGGUCUUUGGCAACGGUUUGCGUCCACAGAUUUGGCCACAGUUUGUUGAGCGUUUCGGGAUUAAACAAGUCGGAGAAUUCUAUGGAGCCACGGAGGGUAAUGCGAAUAUCAUGAACAACGAUAGCACUGUGGGAGCCAUUGGAUUUGUGUCUCGUAUUCUGCCACAAAUCUAUCCUAUAUCCAUUAUACGUGCAGAUCCUCACACUGGUGAACCGUUGAGAAAUAAGAAGGGCUUCUGCGAACUCUGUGAACCCGAUGAGCCGGGCGUGUUUAUUGGCAAGAUUGUCAAGGGCAAUCCUUGUCGUGCUUUCCUGGGUUAUGUGGACACCAAGGCCUCCUCCAAGAAGGUGGUACGUGAUGUCUUCAGUAAAGGGGACAUGGCCUUCAUUUCGGGCGAUCUACUCGUCUCCGAUGAGAAGGGCUACUUAUAUUUCAAGGAUCGUACCGGAGACACUUUCCGUUGGAAGGGUGAAAAUGUCUCCACUAGCGAAGUGGAGGCCCAACUAAGUAAUCUUGCUGCCUACAAGGAUGUGAUAUGCUAUGGCGUGGCCAUACCACACACAGAGGGCAAAGCUGGCAUGGCAGCCAUCUAUGAUCCAGCCCGGGAAGUUCAACUGGAUACAUUGAGUGUGGAGAUAACAAAGGUCCUGCCCAGCUAUGCACGUCCGCAGUUUUUGCGUUUCCUGCGUAAAAUCGAUUUGACGGGAACCUUCAAAUUGCGCAAAGUGGAACUGCAACAGCAGGGCUAUGAUCCGGCCACCAUCGAGGAUGAAUUAUAUUAUGCCAAGAGUGAUGGAAGCUACGCUCCGUUGACGCCAACCGUAUACGACAGCAUUCAGCGUAGUGAAGUGCGGUUUUAGGAGACUCUUUCUCCCUCUCUCUCUCUUCCCGUUCACGUCUUUUAUUCCUUUUGGGGAAAAAUCAUACAGGAAUAUAUAAGAUUAGCAAAUGGAGGACCUCUUUAAAGGGCGGGGGGGGGAUCUACUUUUAAUUGAUCUUAUGGUUCAGUUAGAGGCAGUCUUAACCCUUCCUUAGCCUUAGCCUCUACUUCUUUACGGUGGUGCUAUCCUACGGAAUCGUUAGAUGGCUUAAGCAUUUAUUAUUAUUAAUGGAUAGAUUCAUUUUAUUGUGCUAAGUAUUAAAUAAGUAAUAAAAAAUCAAUCUUACAAUUGGA